GGGGUAAUGAUGCGGCUGUUGCCGCCCGCACGUUCGAGCCAAAACCCUUAAACCCUUCUUCUAUUCGAUAGCCCCACGCAGAGAGAGCUCCAAAAUUGUCCUUACGAGAUGGACGAGGAAGGGACGGGACCGCCGAACAGGGAGCUCUACGCUCUGCUGCACGUGUCGCCGGAGGCGACGGAGGAGGAAAUCAGGAAAGCUUACCGGCAAUGGGCUCAAGUCUAUCACCCCGAUAAGUACCAAGACAUUCAUAUGAAGGAAGUUGCAACACAGAAUUUUCAACGUAUAUGCCAAGCAUAUGAGAUAUUGUCUGAUGAAACUAAGAGGCAAAUAUAUGACAUAUAUGGAAUGGAAGGGUUAAACUCGGGUUUGGAACUCGGGCCAAGGCUGAGUAAAGCUGAAGAAAUAAAAGAAGAACUCGAAAGGUUACGUCAAAGGAAGGAACAAGAAAAGAACUUGGCGCAUUUUCGGCCUUCUGGCACGAUAUUGACGAAUCUCUCGUUGCCUCAUCUUUUAGAUGGUGAUGGCUUUGUGAGAGGAAUGGCCAUGACAAGUGAGUAUCAGUCUCAACUAUCGAAGCAUAACACAUUAGCUCUUAGUGGAAAUUUGGCGGUUGCUGAAAACUCUGGGGGUCGAGCUGGCUCUGUUCUGCUUAGACACGAAAUAUCUUCGGUCGCAUCAGCAGAAUUUAUGGUCACAUUUGGCUUGCAUUCUCUUAUUGGGGUGCAAACAACUCAUCACUUAUCGAAUCAUUCGACUGCAACAAUGGGUUUAGCGAUGUCUCUUCAAGAUGGCUCUAUCAAUCUUUCGAAUACCUGGACUCGCCAGCUCACAGAAACAGCAAAUGGAAAUAUACAGCUUGUUCUGGGUCGGGAGUCGUCUAUUGGAGUUGGUUGGCGCAAGGAAGACAAGAAAAUGUCUGCUGCUGGUGAGGUCAAGUUCGGAACGAGCUAUUUUGGGGCAUCAGCAAAUUGUGCGUGGCGCUUUUCAUCGAAAUCUCAUGGCUGUAUAGGUGGUAAAGUUGGAAGCACUGCACUUGAGAUUGAAAUUGGUGGUGGGAGAAAAAUAUCCAAAUUUAGUACUGUCCGUGCUCUGUAUACAAUUGGAAUUAAGGGUAUAUUUUGGAAACUCGAAUUGCACCGAAGUGGCCAAAAGUUAAUUAUCCCGAUUUUGCUAUCAAGGCAUAUUAAUCCUCUCUUCUCAGCUGGAGCAUUCGUAGUUCCGGCCUCUGCAUACUUUGUACUAAAGAAAUUUGUUUUAAAGCCUUAUUUUCUUAAGAGGAAAAAACAGAAGGCUUUAGAGAACAUGGAGAAAACUUCAGCUGAGGUUCAGGAAGCGAGGAAAGCGGCAGAGAGAGCUCAGAAGUUGCUAGAAAACGUAGCCAAUCGGAAGAAGAACCGACAGCUAGAAGUGGGAGGCCUUGUUGUUACUGAAGCGAAGUACGGAAACCUUAAGAAUGAUGGAAGAAGUGAAGACUUGGGAGGAGUAGACCCCGAAUUAGCUUCACAAGUCAUAGAUGUUACCUUACCCCUAAAUUUCCUAGUCAGUGAUUCGGGACAGCUCAAGCUUCACGAGGGGGUGAGAAAGUCAGGUAUUAUGGGUUUUUGCGAUCCUUGCCCUGGUGUUCCAAAGCAGCUCUAUGUACAGUAUACUUACGAUGGCAAAGAAUUCGAGGUAACUGUGGACGAUUGCGAGGAGUUGACCAUACCCCAAGAAGCACACAGGAUCUAAAUUCACUCGGGACCCCUUUAACAUCCGAACCCUCGGUCCAUUCGAGGCGAUUUUUGAGCUCAUAUUUAUGUUGGAUAGGUUUGCUUUGCCCUUUUUUAUAUCCGUUUCCUUUCUGGGCAACCUGCUUAGUGAUUCCAUGUUGUACUAUAGAGAGCAAAGAGGAAACUCUUUUUUUUUUUUGGAUGAAUAAGCAAAAGAGGAAACUCGUUCUUUUUUCUUUCUUCCCCUAAUAAACUAAAAUCCUUUGACAGAAAUUUCUAAUUCUUUUAUUGGA